CACCCCCCGACCAUGGUCGGACUGAUAAUAGACACCCGACCAUGGUCGGACUGAUAGUAGACACAUGAUAGCACUGAUAGUAUAGAUUAAGAUAUUGCACAUUUCAAUAAUUUUGAAUAACAUUGUGAAUAAUAUUAUAAUAAUUAUUAAUUACUGUUUUAACUACCAACGUCGAACCUCGUGACUUACCCACUUGAAUCUGAAUAACCUAAAAGUAUGAGAUUUGUCAUCAUCAGUUUUAGAUAUGGACCCCUUUGGACCUUCAACUAGUAGUGCAGGCCAAGAUCUUGGCGGUUUGGUUGAUGAACCUGUGAACGAAUCUCUACCUGCCGGUACCUCAGCCGCCACCUUCGCAGAUAACCAAAAUACGUAUUGCAAUCGUACGCAACCUGGGUUUACCGCACUCACGGUUAAUGACAUUCCGAAGAUGAAUCCGGUUGAGGUUGACGUCGAUAGCGUCGUGUACGGUUUUUCGUCGCUAUCAGCGUACAAACCAGCUAACAUGCCAUUCGACGUCAAUGUCACCGGACCCUGUUUCCCUUGCAAGAACACCAAGAUGCUACAGGGGAUAUUCGGCGUGUCUCGGAAGACCUACUCUCACAUAGAGUUCACCCUAGGGGGCGAGCCGCCAAUUAGGGUGUUGAUUAGUGUCCCGAAGGGAAUCCGUUCCACCGACUACAUGUCUUCGGACUCCUCGGAGGACGAGGACGAAGCGGAGCAGGUCAAGGUUUACGAUUACAGGAAAUAUUUCCUAGACACAGUUCUGGGCCCAGCUAUCCUCAAGUUGGGCUCAGGCUGUCGUAGUAGGAGGAAGGGGGCCGGCAAUCCGUUUUGCAGUAAGUGGCACCUCCACCCCGCCGACUGGUCGAAGUUGGCAUUCGAGGUGGAGCGGUUGACCACCGAAGCCGGCACGUUUGGCAGUUUUUUGUUUUACGUUGCGCUGCAUGGUUUGCAGAUGUCCGAUGAUGCAGCCCUGGGCCUCAUCAACCGGUACAUUGACCCUCACCACGCCUCCAUUGUAAUUGUUCAAUGCCAUUUUGCCGUUGAAUUUACAAUGAAGUCGUCGGUGAGGGCCGUGCUUGUGGACCGGCAUGUAGCCCAGGCGUUGCUGGGUGGAGUGAAAUUUUACCCUGGUCUCGGUUUUUACCUGUUUUUUUUUUCUGGCGGAGUUUACAGUAAAAAAAGGUACUUGUGGCGGAGUUUACGUGCGCCCGCCGUGCACAUUCUGCGCCGCGGUCUCAAUGACACAUCUGUGUUCACGUGGCUGUUGUUGGGCGGUGAUAGUUGUCUGGAAAGCCGAAUGGCUUCCCUUCAGCCUAUCGGCAACUGUGCCCCCCAAUUUAUCGCCGCAUUCAGGUUGUUUCUGCGGGACGCGGUGCGGGGCUCGGGCGUCCGGUUCGAGUGUGUGGUCAGUGGUGACACAUCGUCUGAGGUGUUGUCGCUGAUGGCCACAUACGGAACUCGGAUGUCCGAGUUUUGUCUCGCGAACGGGUUGCUCGUGUGUUCAACAAAGGAUUGGCCUUACUACGUCAAUUCCUUGAUGUUGAACACAUUGAGUCGGCUUGUGGACGUUGUCGAGAAGUUGCAGACGGCCAACUUCCACAGCCAUUUGCUAGCGACCGUCUAUGAUGCCGAAAUAAUGCUGAGGUUCUGGGCAUUUGGAGAGGCGAGGUUCCUGGACCAUAAAAGGGUUUCGGCCAUAUUCCCGUGUCGACAGUUGGCCCCCGGGAGCAAGAAAAAGAGUCGGCGGGACGAAAAUGGAUUCGUACUGUAUGACCCCUCACUGGCCGGAAAUUUCAACCGGGUAAUGCCGAGUGAAAUUUUCGGCCACGUACCAGUUGGUCCGUUCGUGAGGGUCAUACUGGCCGAAGUAUUUUCGUCCCUCACCGUCGACCUGUUAGGCUAACCGCCGAGCGAAACUGCUUCUUGAAAGAUGUAUACUUCAAUGAGGUACUCGCUACCUGUUUGAUUGAUUCCGGGUCGUCGAACGUACUAGUGCGUGCCAGUCUCGCGGAACGAUCGAAAAUCGUGAUCAACUGCAUUUCCCGACCGUUAUUCACCGUGGGCGACGCGUACCAGCCGAGCGUAACGACUCUAGGCGAAACUACUGCAGACAUAACCAUAAACAGAGCGUACGCUGCCGAACACCCCGUUCUGGUGGUCAGCGACGACUCCAUACCUGUGGAUGUCUUAGUAGGUCGGACUUGGUUAAAUCUGCCGCAUAUCAGUUACUACAAACAACACGAUCAGUUUAUAAUAGAAUCAUUGAACGUCAUCAGUCCCGAUUCCACGUCAGAGCAUGUGGGCGCGGAGCUGACGGACGUAUGUGUGGCACUAAUCAGUGCUGAAAAACCGUUCUCGUCACCGCUAACAAAAUCUGACGUUCACAUCGAUGAGCAGGUACCCGACACCGUAUGUCAUCGCCUGGUCCUGCUGAUUAACGAGUACCGUGAUGUUUUUGCCAAGACACUGUUGGAGCUCGGCUGUACCGACGUGCACAAAAUGAAUAUAGUGGAGGUAAUUGGCAGUGGCCCUGUACGUCAAAAACCAUAUCGAACUUCACCGUCCGACCGCCGCAUGAUUUCUCGAAUUUUAGACGAGUGGAAAACGGCUGG